AUGGCGCAAAAUUUGAGUGAGGGUGUUUACAAAUGGACAGAUGAGCACACACGUCUGCUUAUCCGGUGGAGAGCGGCUAAUGAAGCCCUCUUCACCAGAAGGCGGAAUGCUGCCGUCAAAGGCUUUGAAGCUUUUGUGGAGGAGCAGGGCCUUCAAGGCAGAGUGACGGCAGCAUUUGUAAAAAAAAAAUGGGAAAACCUCAAACAAAAAUAUAAAGAACUGAAAUGUCCACCGACCGGUGUUAGCACUGAGGAUGGAGAGCCCACAGCAGCAUCUUGGAAAUGGUAUAGUGCCAUGGAUGAGGCAAUUGGGGGCAGACCCUCCAUCACUCCACCUGCCCUUAUUGCCUCAUCUGGCCCAGAUGUUGCUGUGUGUUCUUCAUCCUCAGUGAGCCCAGCGCCAGUGAGGGCUACACGAAAGAGGCCAAAACAUCUGGAGGACAUUAUAAAAGAGAUGGAGGAGAGGGAAGCAGAGCGAGAGCGGGAAGCUGCCGAGAGAGAGGAGAGACGUUGGAAAGAAAUGGAAGAGAAGGAGGACCGAAGAGAACGAGAGAGACAAGUGAGGCAGGAAAGACAAGAAAGAGAAGCAAGAGAAAGAGAAGAGAGAUGGCAACGGGAAGUGAGAGAGAGAGAGGAAAGGAGAGAGGGAGACCAGGGAAAGGGAUGAAAGAUUCCUUUCCCUCCUUGAAAUUCUUGC